CUGUGUGAGUAACAGGGAGCACUGGGUUAGUAACAAGGAGGUACUGUGUGAGUAACAGGGAGCCCUGGGUGAGUAACAAGGAGGUACUGGGUGAGUAACAGGGAGCACUGGGUGAGUAACAGAGAGUACUGUGUGAGUAACAGGGAGCACUGGGUAACAGGGAGUACUGGGUGAGUAACAGGGAGCACUAUGUGAGUAACAGGGAGUACUGGGUGAGUAACAGGGAGUACUGUGUGACAGGUCACUACUGGGACGCCCUAUUACUUGCACCAGUGACGGGAGUUCCGCGCCAGUAACCGGUCUCCAGUGGACAGAUAUAGACCGAGUGUGAGUACUUUGUCAGGACUGGAGUAUUCUGUGUGAAUAUUGUGACCGUCCUGCAGUUCCCUGGUGUAGAGUAGAAGUUUAGUGCCGGUCCUGCAGUAUUGCAUUACUCGAGUAUUGUGUCGGCAGCAGGACUUUGCAGUCAGAACUAUGAUGUCAGUACAGGUACCUGGCAGCUCCGUAUCACGUCUCCGUGCUGUGCCGUCCCCACUAUAUAUGACAACUUUUAAAACUUGCUGCUUGUUUGAGUACUUUGCUGGUCGUUCUUUCAUCUACUUGUUGCCAGCUGCCCCUUUAAAUGUGUAAUUGGUGCUUCCCAAAUGGGACUGGUGCCUCUGUUCUCUUUAUUGCACUAUUAUUAGUUGUGGUAUAUUGUGCAGCUACUGGACCCCCCCCCCCCCCCCGUGCUACUCCAAACUCCUAAGUACCUGCAGCUGUCUGUCUGUCUGUGCCGCUGUCUUAGUCCCCCACUUGAGCAGCACGCAGUCUGAUGCUCUGUUACUGGAUUAUGAGGCACCCAGCUGGCCUUCCACUGUGUCCUGUUACUGGGAAAAUCUGAACUGGUCCCCCUUUAAAUACUCCACGCCCUGGAUUACUCUGCACCCAGUUACCCUUGCAAGUGGCAUUGUUUCUGGGGGGAGUAUUCGAAUUGUGUAGUCGCCGCAAUAUUCUGCGUCCAGCUGUCAUUCCCAGUGUGUCUGGUGAGGGAGCACUGUGCACCCAGCCGCCUCUCUUUCCAUUCAUAGAGGUACAUCGGGGUCGGGCAUCUGUUACCCUGUGCCCCUCUACAAGCUGCUCCUGUGUGCCGGAGUUCUGUCCUGGGUCCCUUACCUAUUCCUGGUGCCGGCAGUUAACGUGGGUGCGAUACCCUGAAAGAUUAGCGUGCUACAAUCUUCUCCGCGUUGCCAUCCUUUGUGCUGCCUUCUAUAGGGAGUGUGGAGACUUACACUGUGCCGGGAGAAAGUUACAGGAACAAAUAGGAGAGCACAUUAACUACAGCUUCCGGCACUAAUCUCUGCCAUCAGGCACAAAAAGGGAAUUUAUUUCCUUACAGCUGCACCUAUUCAAGAUGUGUUUGAUUUUAACUCUGUGCAGAACUCUCGAUUAACUGCUCUCGGUGCAGAGAUUCCCUGCCUUGCGUAGAGCGCAGCCGUAAUCAUCACAUCCCUGCCUGGAAACUUUUACCCUCAUCUUGUACCUUUUGUGCUCAUCCUAUGUUUCAAAGGCUUGGGGAAUAAAUGCCUUUAUCCUGUUUUUAAGUGAUGGAUGGAAAAAUAUAAUCAAAUGUUUAGUUUUUGCGCUUGAGUCUUCCAGACUUCGACAAGGUUUGGGUUUUUAAUGUACUUUUGGUUGGCCGGCAAGCAGGUCUGUGAUGGUGAAGGUUCCCAUUGUUGGUCUGAGUAAGCGGGAAGCUGGUGUAAUGCCCACACUGACGAAGGUAAUGCUAUGGAUGUGACUUUGAAGGCCGAGAGGACACAGUUUGCCUAGGACCUCAUGGGAGAUUCUGACCGGCUCUUCUGCUGUAUUGUUACAUUAUUCCCAGAAUGCAAUAAGCAUCAGGCUCAUUCUGCCCCAAAGGAGCACGAUCAGGAAACGAAAGAACACAAGGGGAAGGAGAGUGACCUUUUUGGGUGGUUGUAACUGAAGAUUGCUUUGCUGAAGCAACUACUUGUAUAAGGGCUUUGAGUCAUGAUGCAAGAAUCUGGGACGGAGACAAGAAGUAACAAUUCAGCCAUUCAGAAUGGAGCGGGCCCCGGUAAACACCUACUAGAGUGCACGUUGCGGGAAUCGAGGUCCAACGGGGAAACUCCUCUUGAAGUCGGGGCGGCGGAACUAGCACAUCUCCAACAGCAACAGGCUCUCCAGGCUGCCCGACAGAUAUUAAUAAACCAGCAACCACUUUGCGGAAUAAAGACCCACAAGAGGAAUGACAAACAACCAUCCCUCCAGGUUCCUAUCUCAGUGGCUAUGAUGACACCUCAAGUGAUCACUCCCCAGCAAAUGCAACAAAUCCUUCAGCAGCAAGUGCUCACACCCCAGCAACUACAGGUCCUGCUCCAGCAACAGCAGGCACUAAUGCUACAGCAGCAGCAGCUUCAGGAGUUCUAUAAGAAACAGCAGGAACAGUUGCAGCUUCAGCUGUUACAGCAACAACAUGCAGGAAAGCAGCCGAAAGAGCAACAGCAAGUGGCUACCCAACAGUUGGCCUUCCAGCAGCAACUUCUCCAGAUGCAGCAACUGCAGCAGCAGCACCUCCUUACUUUACAGAGGCAAGGCCUCCUGUCUAUACAGCCUGGACAGCCCACUCUUCCUCUGCAACCUUUUGCUCAAGGCAUGAUUCCAGCUGAACUGCAGCAGCUUUGGAAAGAAGUGACAGGCUCGCACACGGCUGACGAUGUGGUUUGCAACAACCACAGCACAUUGGACUUGUCCACAACCUGCAUUUCCUCCACGGCGCAUCCGAAAACUUCCUUGCUUUUGAACUCGCAAGCUUCCACCAAUGGGCAGGCCUCAGUUCUUUCUCUUAAAAGAGAGAGCUCAUCCCAUGAGGAGUACACGCAGAACCACUCAUUGUAUGGACACGGCGUGUGCAAGUGGCCGGGCUGUGAAGCUAUAUGUGAUGAUUUCCCAUCAUUUCUAAAACAUCUCAACAACGAGCAUGCACUGGAUGACAGGAGUACGGCCCAAUGUCGGGUUCAGAUGCAAGUCGUGCAGCAAUUAGAGUUACAGCUAUCAAAAGAUAAGGAACGUCUUCAAGCCAUGAUGACACAUUUACAUGUGAAGUCCACAGAACCCAAAGCAAGUCCCCAACCGCAGUUGUGCACUACAUUUGGGAGGGAGAAUGGAUGGAUCUGUAAUAGCCAACAGCUGGAGGAAGGAUUCACUGGCAUACUUAAAGGGCUGAACCUAGUAUCGAGUGCCACCCUUUCCAAGACGGCAUCAGAAGCGUCUCCACAAAGCUUACCUCAUACUCCCACCACCCCAACUGCACCACUCACUCCCAUAACCCAAGGACCUUCUGUCAUCACUACCACCAGCAUCCACAACGUGGGACCCAUACGGAGGCGGUACUCUGACAAAUACAAUGUGCCCAUCUCUUCCGACUUUGCACAGAAUCAAGAGUUUUACAAAAAUGCUGAGGUUAGACCACCCUUUACGUACGCAUCUUUAAUUAGGCAGGGAAUCCUUGAGUCUCCAGAAAAGCAACUAACACUAAACGAAAUCUACAACUGGUUCACACGACAGUUUGCCUACUUUCGACGCAACGCAGCGACAUGGAAGGGUGCUAUUCGCACCAACUUGUCCCUGCAUAAGUGCUUUAUCAGAGUAGAGGAGGAGUAUGGGUCCUUUUGGACUGUUGAUGACGAAGCCUUUAAACGUGGCCGCCAUAUUCACAGAGGCCGUCCUCGAAAACCCUGCCCUGAUGAACACUUUGACGAGCUUGUUGCACAUAGCCCCUCGCUUAUUAAAAAUAUUCAGACAAGUCACGCCUACUGCUCACCUCUCAGUGCCGCUUUGCAGGCUUCAAUGGCAGAGAACAGUUUACCUCUAUACACUACUGCAUCCAUGGGAAAUCCGGCUCUGAACAGCUUAGCAAACGCUAUGAGAGAAGACUUAAAUGGAGUCAUGGAGCAUACGAAUAGUAAUGGAAGCGACAGCAGCCCGGGACGUUCCCCUAUGCAAGGAAUGCACCAAGUGCAUGUUAAGGAAGAACCACUGGAUCCUGAUGAAAAUGAAGGUCCACUAUCAUUAGUAACAACAGCAAACCACAGUCCUGAUUUUGACCCUGACAGAGAUUAUGAAGAUGAACCUGUAAAUGAGGACAUGGAGUAAAACUGUCUCAUAUCACAGUCCUGAAAAGGAAGGAAGACAGUCCAAGGCUGUUGGAGCUCCCCCCCCCCUUAUUGUACAGUCUGGAGAAUCCACAGCCAUUCAAACGACUCUGAUAUGUUAACUCUUAGUGCCAUCAAGUAUCCCAUUUGGGAUUAUUUUUGAUUUUUCUACUUUUUUUGUUGGAAAAAAAAAAAGGAAUUUGUACUCAGUGCAUUGGAUGGACUUGUUUGGUACUCGGAAUUUCCCCUCUCUUGCAGUCAACAUCAGUGUUGUAAAUUUGCAAAACUGAUUUCACUUAUUCACACGCAGUGGACAUUGGACUGCAGUUCUGCCAAAUCCCGGACACUGAGGACAUCGAUAUAAAGCAUGUGUGUCUAAAAACUGCAGGUCAUCCCUCUGCCCAGGUUUUAAGGUUUCCAAUGGACAAAGUAUUUGCACAGUACUGCAUGUAAUAUUGAUUAUCACUGCCUUUCAAUCAAUUCCUUUGCUUCCAUUUGGGAUGGGGAUGACAUUUUAUAUAGGUAUGGGACAGAGAAAGAGGCAGAGUAAUUAUCCCAAACUUCUUAACGUAUUGCUUUUGUUUUUAUUGUACUACAACAAUUUAAGUUCUGACCUCAGGCCUCUGCUUCAGGCCCAAGGCCUCACCCGAGGCGUAAUGUUUUCUGUACUAUGUGAUGAAUGUUACUGGGUGUUUUUUUUUUUUAUUAUAUGAAGCCGAAUGUCAUUCACUUGUUUGUAGUUUUAAUGUCUUUCAUUCCACUUUGCUUGAGUUGCCAUCCAGGUUUUCUGUUUGUUUAGCCACUGAUGAAAGUCAUUCCAUGUUUUUGUUUCCCUCAAACUGCCCAUGACAGUAAUGACUUGGAUCUUCUAUAUUAUACGGCUAGAAACAGACUGAAUGAACGAACCAUGGGAUUAGGAACAUUUUUAUAUUGUCUCCCAAGGUUUGUUCCUUUCCAGUAGAACCCCAUCCCUGGCAGUCAAGGCAGAUGGGAAGAAGGGUCGCCACUUACAAACUAUACAGCACAAACCAUUACGCAGCUCUCAGAGGAAGUGGUAGCAAAUUAAGACUUCAAGGCUUUAGCAUUCCAGGAGCUGGACUGUCUUUGAAAACCAAUGUCUGUUCUUUUCAAUUUGCCAAUGACAAGUCUGCGACCUGAAGACCAGGAAUGUUGAGUCGUUGAUAAAGAGGCAGCAGUGAUUUUUCAGUAAAAUAAGCCUCCAUAAAUAUGAUUUGAGUUUAUGCCCAUAUUUUAUAGUCCUCACUGCUUUGCCAGUAGAUAUCUUCUUUUUAUUUUUGUAUUUGCUGCCAUGAAGAAGACACUGGUGACAUGUAGACUGCUCGACCACACUUGAGCCAAUGAAGCCGCUCAUGGAUGUUCAUAAGUAUCCGACAUCAGAAAGAGGAGCGCCAAUGUUAUUCGGUAGCAGAGUUAAAAUGAGAAGGAACUAAACUUAUGACAAGGCUCAUGUUAUAUCUGCAUAAAAAAUGUCCGAUCUUGUCUACUGGCCAAGACAAUAAGCUGAGAUAUUGACAAGAACAUUAAAGGUGCAGUCCCUAUCGCAUUGUGAAAGUUCCCAGCCACAUUUUCUCUUUCUAUUUUCUGUUCCACUACUUCCGGCUUUCGGUUCUGCAAAUUGCAACGGGCCCUUUUUAAUGGAAAUAAUUCUUUUUCACCCCCCCAAAUUGUUUAUUUUUUUUUUUUGCUAUCACUGUAAUAUUGCACUUUUUAAGUCUGUGUAGAAUUUAUUACCUCAGGCUCAACCACAACGAUAGCACUGACAUUGCAUUGUGAUAUCUUACUGUGUUUUACACUAAGGAUUUUAAGCUUCUCCUCCAUUUGUGAUUUUUUUUUUUUUUUUUAAACGCUGAGCCAAAUUUUGUAUAAAAUGGACGGGAAUAGCGAGAAAGAAAGGUUUGAUUUUCCAAUGCACGGUGAGGUGGGACUGCACUUUUAAAUCAAGCCUACAAGUUACAGCAAGUAUCUCUAUCCCAGAACACUCAGACACUUCAGUUCUUCAGCAACUGUAUCAUUCAUAUAUUUAUGUAGGAGGGUAGCUUUUCCUUUAUUCCGCUUACAAUCCCUAUCAGUUUAACCCAUGCGCUGUUGGUGGGGGGACUGCAAUCUGCAGUGUAAUAUUUAACGAGCCGACUAGCAGCCAAAGGGUUAGGCUAUUUUCUCUUAUGUUUUAAUUUUUUUUUUGUUCCCUAAAAUUACCAAAGAUUUUUCACAAAGCUAAAUUAUGUUCUUUGUUACACGCUUUAUCUUUCAAAGCCAAAUAUCCUCUUGUUGUUCAUCAAAGGAGGCAACUGAUACUAAAGGAGGGAAACCAGCAAGGAUUAUUAGGCUUAUUGCUCGUGCGCUAGGAAACCACUUGUACAUUGAUGCAGAAAUUAUGUUUUUAAACCAAAGUAAGUACAUUCGUUUUCUGUUUCUCCGGUGUGACCAAACAAGGAAAGCUAAAUAUUGGGAACAGUAUUAAUUUGGGUGCAAACUUGACGUGAUUGAUCAUGGACCCCAACGGAGGUUUCACCACAUUCUAUUUAUGCCACCAAUUGUAUUAUCAGUCUGAUAUUGGUACAGUUGGGACACUGAUUGUGGACCCAUGCAGAUUAGUCUUCUUAUAAGAUUAUUCUUUCCAACAGAAUACCCAGAUGUUGUGUGUGUUCCUCCAAGAAGUCUCUUAGGGCAGAGACACACGUUUGGGGAGAUUUAGUUGCCCGGCGAUAAACAGACUCUUCUUUGGGGCGACUAUUCUCCCAGAACUGCUUCCCGUCGGCUAGAAUCUAAAUCUCGGCGGGAUGGCACUCUGAUCGCUUUGUUUUCCAAAGUUUCCUCGUUAGACAACAUUGGGGCGACAAACGAAUCACACCGAUUGCCAUCCCGCCAGCGAUUUACAUUCUAGCUGACGGGAGGCAGUUCGGGGAGAUUAGUCUCCUUGAAGAAGUGGAGAUUUGCUGCAGGGUGACUAAUUUCCCUGAAUCUGAGCGUGUGUCCACAGAUUGCCCUAAAUUCGUAUCCUAAUAUCACUAUUUAUUGUAACCCAGUCAAGAUUAAUUAGCCUUUGAUGUAGACAAACGUGGGCCUCACUGAAAUUGUAAAAGGAUAUAUUGUAACCCAUUGUCCCACCUCUAUAUUUGCAUAUACAUAGCAACUGAUAGGUGUCCCCAGUAGAGAUACUGCUUCAUAAGCUAUUUCAACGUGAAAUCGUAUACCCCAAAGCACUAUUUUUUUUUAGCACAUUGUCAGAUGUUUAGUUGACCUUUACCUAAACUGCCAUAUCAAAAGCUGGUACCUUUAACAAUAAGUGAGAUGCGUCAGACCAAAAAUAAUAAUAAUACAAAAUAUAUACUUACAUUUUAUUUAACGAACGUGAGAUAUUUGGCACUUCUCAUUUGUGUUGGCUUGACCCUUCUGUCUCAAAUAAUAAUUUGGCCCCUUUAGCUGGAGGGCCUUCCAAUUUUUUAAGCACUAAAAGGAGAGUCAGGGAAUAGUUGGGGGUUUGUAUAAGCCAGUACUCUCCUCUCUGCUCCGAAUAUUGUCUCACAAUAAAUGUUUCUGCCAGUUUCUUUUCCUCAGCUUUGAUGGAUCAAUCCCUAGUCAUUUACCGCACACCCGCCACCAAUAUUUUCCUUCUCUUUUUAAUAGAUAAAAACAUAAGUAGCCUUUCUUUUUUGUACAAGGUUACCAAUUUUUAUAUAUUAAAAAAAAAUAGUUGGGGGCCACCCCCCAAUAUUUUCUAGAACUGUGCGGUUUGCUGGUUUCAAGAUCUAACGGUGAACACAAAGCCGGUAGAUCUGACCAUUCUCAGAGUGUAGCUAAGCUUAAGCGAUACAGCAUGAGGAACAUAUAAACAUACCUCAGUCCUAACCUUUAAUGAGUGAUUCAUUCACCGAUACAUUUCACUAAGUUGCACUUAGUUUGUAUGUCAUUUUAUGCAUAAUCAAAAACAAAAUUUCGAAAUGGUUUUUUUUUCUGCAUAUCAUGCAAGUGUAAAACUUGCAAAAGAACCAACUGAAAAUCUCAGGCUUAACAUCCAGCAAACUCCACUAUAGAAUUGUGUUUUAUUUUCCCAUUACUGAUUUUAUGUGUUGAGUUUUGCUUACUGUACAUAUAAUUGGAAUAUGUCUGUGUGAGCAUUUAUAUCGAGGAGGGGGGGGGGGGCAGAUGAUGGGAUAAUUCUGUUUUUAUUUUACAUUUUUUUAAUUUAAUUUUUUUUUUUUUCUAAUAUCCCUUGCAAGGAAAUAAUCCAUAUUUGUUUGUCAACCACCAUUGCUUUGUUGUGCAACUGCUUUAUAUUAACUGUACUUAAAAAGAAAAUCGCUUUAAAAAAAAAAAAAAAACUACUGUAUGUAACAAAAAUGCAGAAAAUUCUGCAUAUGUAUUUUAUUUUAGUUAUCCCUGCUUUAAACGAAAAAAAUAAAUAAAAUGGAUGACGUUUGCUGACAACGUGGGAGAAAAUCCCUCAAUAUUUUGCUUUCAAACUGUAACAUAGUUGACAGAUUUUUUUUCUAUCAUUGAUUGAAGCAUUUUGUACAGUUUUUUGUGUUUUUUGCCAGUUUUUGAUACUUUUCAACCCUUUUAUGUUAUCCUACCACUGCCUUUUCUGGCUGUCUUAAAAAAACAAAAACAAAAAAAAAAGUUCAUAUGUUUAAAGUACAAAAAAAAAAAAAAUGUUUAAAAGUGUUUCUCCUCCUGCAGUAAAUAUUUUGCAUGAUGAAUCCUGGGAUCACAAGUUUAUCAAUGAAGUCUUGAGUAACUGGGAGUGUCAAACUAUUAAACUUUUGUAUAAAAUACUUUACAAGGUGC